CUUUUCAGAUACCACAUCAAGAUCUCUGGAUCAACUGCAGAUGCUGUUAAAAACAUCCUGAUUUCCCCAAGAAGCCCCUCACACCUUAUUUUCGAUUCUUUAUGGAGAAAAGGGCAAAAUAUGCAAAGCUUCACCCUGAAAUGAGCAACUUGGAUCUGACUAAAAUUCUCUCCAAGAAAUAUAAGGAGCUGCCAGAAAAGAAAAAGAUGAAAUAUAUUCAGGAGUUUCAGAAGGAAAAAGAAGAUUUUGAGCGUAAUAUGGUCAGAUUCAGAGAGGACCAUCCAGAACUGUUGGAGAGUGUGAAGAGAACAGAUGCUCCAGAGAAACCUAAAACGCCCCAACAACUCUGGUAUCUUCAUGAGAAGAAGGCUUUCAUGAAGCUGCAUCCACAGGCAACUAUGAAGGAUGUUAAAGAGGCACUGGGGAAGCAGUGGUCCCAGCUAUCUGACAAGAAACGACUCAAAUGGAUUGGCAAAAGCUUGGAACAGCGUGAGCUGUAUGAGGAAGCGAUGAGAGAUUACGUUAUACGUCACCCAGAGCAAAGUAUCAAUCUGGAUGAUUUGACCAAAAAUACUCUGACUAAAGCUGAGCGACAGCUCAAGGACAAGUUUGAUGGUCGACCCACAAAGCCACCGCCGAAUGGCUAUUCUCUCUAUUGUGCUGAGCUAAUGUCCAACAUGAAAGAUAUUCCCAGCACAGAACGUAUGGUACUGUGCAGCAAGCAGUGGAAGAUGUUGUCUCAGAAAGAGAAGGAUGCAUAUCAGAAACGAUGUGAACAAAAAAAGAAAGAGUACGAAAUUAAUCUUCAUCGGUUUUUGCUGAGCCUCCCUGAGCACGAGCAACAAAGAGUCCUUUCUGAAGAAAAGAUGAUUGGAAUGAACAAAAGAGCUUCAAGCACCUUGAAACAGGGGGGAGUUAAAGGCAUCCCAUCACCACCUUCAGAUGCCUCAAAGGUGUGUGUUCAGUGCCCAACAUACUCAGUAUUUUGCUUUUAUGAAAAGAAAAUGCUUGCCUGUAGUCUAGAGUUUUCA